CCAUACCCAUCGUCCGUGAUCCGAUGGAGCUGCGAUGCUGCGCACCAGCAUCUUCCUGGCCGAUCCGUGCCCCCGGUGUCGUGCGUCGGCCUCCGCCGCCGGUGCCGCCUUCGGCACCUCUGGCGCUGCUUGCUCCGGCCGUGGGCCUGGCCUGGGCCCGGCGAGUAGCCCAGGCAACGCUCCGCCGAUGCGCCGAAGUGGAUGAGAUGGGCAUUGACGACACAGGGGACGACCUCCAGGACUCGAGGCAGCGCUUUUGCACUUGUGUUGGUUCCUAUGCUUUCCGCUAUGAGCAAGAGGGCCUGGAUUGGCGGGUCUUCGCCGGGCGCUCCGAGCGGUGCUCCAAGAGCACGGUAGCGCUGAUCAUAGGUUACCUGGGCCAUGACUAUGUGGGUCUACAGCAGCCCUGCUUUUGCGGCGAAAAGUUCGUCCGUGCUGUGGAGACGGAGUUGGAACUGGCGCUGCUGAAGGCGGGGGCCAUGAUUCCGGAGAACUUCGGAAACCUCAGCAGGCUCCGCUGGAGCCGCGUCGGCCGCACGGAUGCAGGGGUUAGCGCAGCAUGCAAUGUGGUUACUGGUCGUCUCACGAUGAAGAAGGACGAGGACGGCAUGAACAUGCUGCUGACCCAAAUCCGGACGUUCUUGCCUCCUGAUUUGGAGCUCCACGGGGCAGCCUUCGUCUCGAAGCGCUACAGCGCUCGCUGGGAAGGCACCCAGAGGGAGUAUCGGUUCCUGGUGCCCACCUUCUGCGUGGUUCCCAAUCUGGAGGCAACGCGCCUGUGGCUGUCCAACAACAGGCCCGGCCAGGCUCCCACUGAGUUCAGCAAGGAGGACCUUAAGCUUUUGGAGAAGGAGCUGUGUCUGAAGGAGACUCGCCUGGGCUCGGAGCACCUCGGCCGCUUCCGCCAAGCCCUGGCGCGCUUCGAGGGCACGCACUUCUUCGGGAACUUUGCCAACAAGAAGCUGGACCCAAGAGGGCCUCAAGGCUUCCGCCACAUCGUGAGGAUCUCCUGUGGCGAUCCUUGGGUCGAUGAGAAUGGCAGGGAGUGGGUCACUCUGGACAUUUGUGCUAAUAGCUUCCUCACCCACCAGAUCCGGAAGAUGGUCGCAACCGCGGCUUUGGUGGCACAAGGGGCACUUUCGAUGGAAUUCAUCGAGGCAGCGAUGCAAAGGUAUCUAGAAGUGAAAACGCAACGCUUUCCACCCAACGGCCUCGUCUUCACGAGGCCGCGAUUCAAGAGCAGCACCCUGAGUGGACAGCCGUCCACUGUGGAGGAAGCAUUGGAGUCGGAGGAUGUAGCUGCAAGAGUGCAAGCUUUGCAGGAGAGAUUGGAGAAGGCAAUCAUCCAGGAGGCGGAGCACGGUCUCACUGCCGUCUACUGGCUGGCUUGCAUCGCCCACUUUGAGCCAAGGGACAUGGAGGGCAAGGUCCUGGCCGAGUAUCGGAGGCUGCUGCCCAUGAAGCAGCAGGAGGUCAGAGCCAGGCAAGCCGCCGCCACCCAGGUGGCCUGCAUCCUGGCCAGCGAGGGGAAAGAGCUUUGGCUUGGCCGUCACUAUCGCCCCAGAUGAGUGGCAAACA